AGAAAUCAGCUGUUGGAAUACAAAACAAUAACACGUGAAAUCUUUAAGAAGUAAAUAAAUAUAUUUUUGAAGUAAUUUAAGAAGGAUAUGUCCUUUCCCAGUGAAGCCUCAUCAGCCUCUGAGCACGAGGCCAGCAGUGAUGAUGAAACCCAGAAUGCCAUUCGGGAGGAUCUCAAAGGAAUGUCCUUUGAGGAGAUAAUGAAGCUCAAAGAGGAACUGGGCGCCAAGGUGUACAAAGAAGCCGUUCUCGGAGGCAAGAGCUCCAGACCCCAGAAACCCAAAACCAAAACCGACCUGAAACGCCUAAACAAAAAUCGACCCCGUGAAAUGAGCACCCGACGACAGGUUCCAUUUCUGGGAGCAGAACACCGGGUGGAGCGUAAGAAAACCGUAGAACUCCGAGAUCCACGCUUCGACGAGAAGUCGGGAUCAUAUAAUGCGGAGACCUUCAAGAAGAACUACCAGUUUGUUGCCCAAAUUCGCUCCAAGGAGGUUGGUCAGCUGAAGAAGCAACUGGACGAGGUGGAGGAUGAUGAGGAAAAGCACAAAAUAAAGGACACCAUGCAGCGAUUGAUUAACAAGAAUGUGGAGGACAAAAAGUGGCACACCAAACAGAAGCAACUCAAAAAGGAGCGUGCUACCAUUCAGAAGAAACACAAUUUAGGACAGCAGCCCCACUAUCUAACAAAGAAGGAGCGCCGUGCCAAGGAAUUAGUGGCCCAGUUUGAGAAGCUGAAAAACGAGGGAAAACUCAACAAACACCUGGAAAAGCGCCGCAAGAAGAACGCCGCCAAGGACCGCAAACGCAUUGGCAUAGAAUAGGGUUUUCACUUUAAGUAUAAAUGUAUUUUUAACAAUUAAAAGCACUGUGCAAAAUAGCAAACCUA